AUUCGUCGUAUUAGGAAAAAGCAAACGCGCUUGACAUUUAAAUUGGAAAUUUAAAGAAAAACACAAAUAAAUUUAAUAACUUUUAUACUUUACUCCCGGUAUUAAUAGAAAUAUUGUACAAAUUUAAAUGAGAAUGGAUACUUCUGGGCAAAAUGCGAGCCAUACGCAGCCACCAUCACGAAAAACAAAUCAAAAUAUACAAGUUUAUGUGCGCGUCAGACCCCUUAAUGCUCGUGAAAGAUGCUUACGUUCUGCAGAAAUUAUUGAAGUAAUAUCUCCUAAGGAAAUUGUUACUCGUCAUACGUUGGAAUCGAAAUUGACAAAAAAGUUUACUUUCGAUCGGGCAUUUGGUUCAGAUUCCAAACAAGUUGAUGUCUAUACAGCUGUGGUCAGUCCUUUAAUCGAUGAGGUGCUUUCCGGCUAUAAUUGUACAGUGUUUGCAUAUGGACAAACGGGUACGGGAAAAACUCAUACCAUGGUGGGUAAUCAAUGUGCUGAAUUAAAGUCAUCAUGGGAGGAUGAUUCUGAUAUUGGUAUCAUACCACGAGCCUUAUGUCAUCUUUUCGAUGAAUUACGCAUGAUGAAAGUAGAAUUUUCUAUGCGCAUUUCCUAUUUGGAAUUGUACAAUGAGGAACUAUGUGAUUUACUCUCUUCCGAUGAGAGUACCGCCAAAAUACGUAUCUAUGAUGAUAGCACCAAAAAAGGUUCAGUUAUCAUACAAGGCUUAGAGGAAAUUCCUGUACACAGCAAAGAUGAUGUCUAUAAACUGUUGGAAAAGGGCAAAGAACGUCGUAAAACUGCAGCCACUUUAAUGAAUGCCCAAUCUUCGCGUUCUCACACAGUAUUCUCAAUAUUAGUUCACAUUAAAGAGAAUGGUAUUGAUGGUGAGGAAAUGUUAAAAAUUGGCAAAUUGAAUUUAGUUGAUUUGGCUGGUAGUGAAAAUGCUUCAAAGGCUGGUAAUGAAAAGGGUAUACGUACCAGAGAAACGGUUAAUAUUAAUCAAAGUUUGCUGACUUUGGGUCGUGUUAUCACUGCUUUGGUGGAAAGGACACCACAUAUACCAUAUCGUGAAUCAAAGCUGACACGUUUAUUGCAGGAAUCAUUGGGUGGUCGCACAAAAACUUCCAUUAUCGCUACCAUAUCUCCAGGUCACAAGGACAUUGAAGAAACCCUCAGCACCCUAGAAUAUGCACAUCGUGCCAAGAAUAUUCAAAAUAAACCCGAAGUAAAUCAAAAACUAACAAAGAAAAUCAUUCUUAAAGAAUACACCGAAGAAAUUGAUAAACUUAAACGUGACCUAAUGGCAGCAAGAGAUAAAAAUGGUAUUUAUUUAGCCGAAGAAACCUACACCGAAAUGACUCUUAAAAUGGAUUCACAAAAUCGUGAACUAAAUGAAAAAAUGCUUCUGUUAAAGGCCCUUAAAGAUGAAUUAUCCUCAAAGGAGAAAAUUUUCAAUGAAGUCAGUUUAAAUCUAGUGGAGAAAACAGAAGAACUUAAUAAAAUAGAAAAGAAUCUUAUGAAAACAACCGGAGCUCUAAUCGAAACGAAAAAGGUUUUGACCACCACUAAAAGACGUUACAAGGAAAAGAAAGUUUUAUUAGAGUCUCAUGUAAAAACAGAAGAAACUUUAAAAAAUCAAGCAACAAAAAUAAUGGAAGUAGCCGAUAUAGCCACAAAAGAUACAGAAGCUUUGCAUAAAACUAUUGAGCGACGCAAAGAUGUGGAUGUUAAAAUACAAAGUGCCUGUGAAAGAUUUGCCGAACGCAUGAAUGAUAAUUUCGAAUUAUUAGAUGAUAAUCUUAAGCAGUUGCAAAAUCAACAACACACUUGUUCUCAUGACAUUCUACAAGAAUUAGACAAAAUCACCUUUGUUCAAUCAGAUCUCUUGGACCAUACAAAAAAGAAACUUCAUGACAUUGAUAAUUUAUGUGAUCAUUUCUUAACAAAAUCCUCUUCUCUUGAAGAAUUUUUCACAAAUUCUUUUCAACAACUAAAUGAUGAACAAAAAUCCAAUGUUUUAAGAAUAUUAGAAGAAAUCAAAGAAAAAGAACACAAAUUUCAACAACAAAUUAAAGAAAAUCUUUCGUCUCUUGAAGUAUACAAUGAACAGCAAAAAUCUUCUUUAGAUUCUAUGCGUGAACGUAUAAUUGAGAAAUUUACUUUAAAUAAAACUGAAUUAGAAAAACAUACGGACAAAGUAAAUGCCACUAUAGAGGAUAUUAAACAGAAAUCUUUAGAAAAUUUAAAAGAACUACAGAAAAUCAAUAGUAAUUUAAAUGAGGAACGUUGUUUAAUGGAAGAAGAGCAAAAACUUAUGGAAGAAUUCCAAAAGAGUAUGAAGGCUUUACAAGAAAAACGCACUAAAUGCAAUGACAAUAUAGGUGACAAUGUUAAAAAUCUUGAAAAUUGUCAACAACACAUCAUUAACACUUCUCAAGGGACCUCAGUUUUAAAUCAAAAGUAUUUAAAUAAUCGUACUGCAGAGUGUAAAGAAAAUUGUUCUCUCGUUGAUUCAUUAACCGCCCAGGCUGAACUUUGUAUAGAUCAAAGUGUUGCCAAAUGUUCGACCAUUAAUGUUCAACUGGAUAACAUGCUACAGGAAACGGUCAAACAAACUCAUCUUAUAUCUCAGGGACAAACAAAAUAUCAUCAAGAUCUCAUCCAGAGCACACAACAUUAUGAAAACGAAAGUAAACGUUUACGUUUAGAAAAUUGUACAAAAUUAAAAAUAAACACAGAGAAAAUUACUCUUACUUUGGAGGAUCAUGCAAAAUGUGUUAAGGAUCAUUUGAAUACAUUGAAAAAUACUAAUGCUACACAGCAAACAUCCCUUAGAGAUUAUACACAAUUGUAUAAACAACAAAUGACUCAUUGUGUUAAUGAUUUGGAAUCGUUUAGACGUAGUGAAUUGAAAACGUAUACAGCGACAGGAGCUACACCUUCGAAAAAGGAAUUCUCUUAUCCGAGAGUGCUGGCGGAAACCUCACCACAUACUCGCAUUGUGAAACGUUUUCGUCAGGAGAAUGAAUGGUCAGAUUUGGAUACCACCGUGCCAAUUGAUGAGGAAAGUGAAGGUGACAUUGAGGAUGGCAUUAUUUCCAUACACGAUAUAUCCGAUGCAGAAACGAUUUUAAACUCAACGCCCAAAUGCUCAAGUAAUAAAAAACGCACUUCCAAUCAACUUAAAGUACAGCAAAAUGGUCUCUCGAAACCCAAUUCACGUAGUAAUUCACGCAGCAAUUCACCCUAUUUAAAGGAAAACAAGGAAAAUAUUGCGUAAAUUUAUUAAUUUUUAUUUUUCACUAUUUAAAUUUAAGAAAUAUUUCAUUGUAUUGCAUUUUAGUUUUAC